UUUACCGCGCUAUACCGUCGCACCAGCGUUAGCGGUUAUCGCAAGCGGAACAACAGUCACACCGUAGUUAUGCUAGCGAAAGGGUCAUUCCAAGUGGAGCUUAGGAGCGUACUACACCCCAGUACAGUAUGGCUCUGCUGACGGCUAAGCAUUUGUUUUUCCUGUUCAUCGUUUCGCUGCUUGGUGUUGCGUUUUGGAUCUCGCUCCUGGAAAGAAACUCCCGUGACGACGCAGCGUUGGGUGGAUGGCUGAGGAUACCACCGUGGAGCAACACGACUGCCGAUCCCGAUGGAACACCGGGCGAUAUGGGACUUCCGGUGGUCCUGCCGGACAACCUUUCGCCCGCCGUACUGGCGCUGGUACAGCGUGGUUGGAAGGAGCAAGGUUUAAACCAGUACGUUUCGGAUAUGAUACCACUGCACCGGCGGCUCCCGGACGUGCGUGAUCCCUGGUGCAGGACGGAGGAGCAGGAACGACGAAACCGAAACAUUGGCCCGGGUUCGCUGCCACCGUCAUCGAUCGUGAUCGUGUUCUACAAUGAAGCUUGGUCUGUGCUGUUGCGGACCGUGCACUCCGUGCUCGAUCGUACACCGAGUGCGCUGAUCGAGGAGAUACUGCUCGUCGAUGAUAGCUCAACGAUGAAGCAUCUGCACCAGCAGCUCGAACACUACAUAACCGCCCUGCCAAAGGUUCGUCUGGUACGUGCACCGAAGCGUGUUGGUUUGAUUCGUGCGCGCCUGCUCGGUGCAAAGGCGGCCCGAUCCGGCAUCAUCACCUUUCUCGAUGCUCACUGUGAAGUGAUCGAAGGCUGGUUAGAGGCGCUGGUUGCACACGUGGCACAGCGCGAAACGAUGAUCGCCAUUCCGGCCAUCGAUUGGAUCCACGAGGAUACGCUAGCGCUGAACGCCCAGAACUCCGUCCGCUAUUACGGUUCCUUCGAUUGGGGCUUGAACUUUCAGUGGCGCGUCCGGGCGGAUCGACUCGUGCAGCCAUCGGUGGCGCUCAAUCCAGCGGCCCCUUACGACACACCAACGAUGGCCGGUGGCCUGUUUACCAUCCAUCGGUCCUUCUUCGAGCGGCUCGGUUGGUACGACGAGGGAAUGCAGAUCUAUGGCGGUGAAAACAUGGAGCUUUCCUUCAAGGCGUGGAUGUGCGGUGGUAGCAUGCAGAUCGUCGGCUGCUCUCGCGUGGCACACAUCCAGAAGCGUGGCCAUCCGUACCUACGCCAACUGUCCGACGGGUUCGCCCUCGUGCGGCGCAACUCGAUCCGGGUGGCCGAGGUGUGGCUGGAUGAGUAUGCGGACUACUUCUACGAAACGUUCGGUGGCCGAGCGAGGCGGGGUUCGUUUGGGAAUUUAACGGAACGGCACGAACUGCGCCAACGGCUCGCCUGUAAACCGUUCCGUUGGUACCUGGAGACCGUUUUUCCGGAGCAGUUCGAUCCGAGUAAGGCGGUUGCACGGGGAGAAAUCCGCUUCGCCGAUGAUGCUAAGGCCACUCCACUGUGUCUCGAUUGGCCCAGUCUGCUGAGUUUGGUCGCUUGCCAUGGUUACGGUGGCCAUCAGCUCUGGUACCUGACGGCGAAGGGUGAGGUGACACGCGAGGAUCACUGUCUGGAUUACGAUGGCGAGCUGCUGAGUGUGGUGCGUUGUCAUGGUUUGGGUGGUAAUCAGCGUUGGGUCUGGCUGCCGGAUACCGGCCAGCUUAAAAAGCUCACGUACGAUCGGUGUCUACAGUGGAGUGGUACCGAGCUGUUGCUCGAAGCCUGUGAUUCGACCGUUCCUGGUCAGCGUUGGCUCUUUCAAAACUAUCAACCCAACAAUCUGUGAUGUGGCAGCCGGGCAGCUUUGUGGCCGAAACGGUCAUCGGUGGGAUACUCGUCGCAAACAUGUGCGCUAGGCCUGAUGGAGGGCGAUACAGUAAUGUAUCGAGUCUAUCAUGACAGCUUAUCAGUGGAAGAAUGAUCAUAAAGAUAAGCGAUUAAUGCCGGUGCUGUAGAGGUCGUUUAUCAUAUCUGCUUUCUAGUACAGUACGAUACAUUAAAGUAUGAUUGGGGUGGCAGUCAAAUUUAUUGUCGUUAGGAUUGCUGCCAUAGGUGCACUAGAAGAUCUCACGGAGAAGGUGUGUAAUUUAAAUGCAGUGCCGCAGGCACCGAGCGGCGUGGCGAGGCAGCAUGAUAGUACAAGUUAAUAUGAAUAGUCUUUCAAAUUAAAUUUAGGGGGAGGGCUAAGGUAUUUAAUUUGUUUUAUUAAAUUUUUUUACAUUCUUUCAUGAAUGUUUAUACUUUUCAAGAGUAUUGUGUGUAAGUUUUGGAUCAAUCGAAGCAAAACUGACAAAGAUAUGGAUUUAAAAAAAAAACUGCCCUUCAUACAUUGCUCUAUGCAUCUUGCUACUUUGAAGAUGUUUUCCUAAAGCAUACGUUUUCAAAGACAAUGCCCACCGUAGUAUAAAAGCUACUGGACUAAUCGAUCUUCAAAAUCUUCAAAAAUAAGCCUUUUUUGGUCCGAAUGUACCUUAACCUCAUUUAAAUAAUGAAUUGUCGAAAUAAGGAAUACAUCUUAAACUUCUACCCAGUAAACAGAUUUUGAACAUCAAUAAACGUAUAAGAA